CCGCCGCAGAAUCUCUGGGUUGCGUGACUUGCCUUGCACCAACUGCCCAACCUUGUGAGACAUGCAGCACGGCGGGUACCGUGCUCGACUUUGGUAACAUCAAAAGUCCGGCCCUGCGUUAGAUGCUCCCAGUCCUCCUGCCCCGGCCCCGGCGCACCAUAUCCCGGACCCCGGUCUCUCAGAUCACACGGCAGGAGGUGUGAGGCAGGAGGUGUGAGUCGCAACAAGCCUCCCGCCGAUUUUUGAACGAAACGAGGGGCGCCGAGCUAAGGCGUUGGAGUUCCUUGCUGGAUAAGACGUGUGACUCGCCGGAAUCUUCUGCUUUUGCUCAUUCUGAUUUCGAGUUCUCUGGACAUAAAGGUCGGCCUGCUGCAUACCAAGUGGCGGCGUCUCGCAACCCUCCUCCUCGUCCAACUCACGCCGGGAUAGCUGUGUUGCGCUUUUGGAGAUACAAACCAUUGCAGAUUCAGUAGAGCUCCAGCUCUCAAGGCUUUCACGAUGGCGGAGCGCUCCGAGGGCGAUCCUCCCGGAGGCCCAGCUUCGCCCCCCAACCAAGACCACAACCACGAAAACAAGCCAAAAAACGACCAAGUCCACGACGAAGAAAACGACCAAGCGAUCGAUGAGUCGUCGGACGUAGAUGGCGAUUUCGCCUCGUUGCAGAAGAUGCUAAGCCAGAAGCGAAGAGCGGCCAAAGACUGUCCCAAGUCGCGUCUUCAGAAGGCCUUCCCUUUCUUCUUUUCGCCGCACAUUAGGCCCUUGACCAUCUCCGACCGCGAUUCGUGUAUUGCCCUGGAGAAUGCGGCCUUUCCUCAUCCGGAGCACCGUGCCUCGCCCGAGAAGGCAAGUCUUCGAAACCCUCUUCCCCGCCUGCUUCAAUUUCAGUUCGAAUACCGCCUCACGACAUGCUCGGAACUUUGCCUCGGCCUGUUCUGUACGGUGGUCCCGUCGGAAGCAGGAGAAUGGAGCGUCGAGACGCUGGCCCAUGCCAAGCUGGUUGAGACGAACCGCCACAACGGUGCCGUGAGCGUGCUGCUCGCGCAUAUUGUGGCGACGCGCUGCCGUGGAGACGUCAUCACGGAUGCCGACAUGGACUACCCUAGCGACUGGCGCUCUCGGAAAGGUCGACCUGCCGAUGUCGGCCACCAGGACGAAGGCCGCACCGUCGCGGUGCACUCGUUUGCCGUCCUUCCGCGUCUGCAUGGCUGUGGUAUCGGCAAGAUGCUCAUGAGAGCAUACCUCCAGCAGAUGAACAACUCGGGUCUGGCCAGCAGGGUCGUGUUGAUUUGCCAAGAGUCCCUCGUGUCGUAUUAUGAGCGCUCAGGCUUCACGCACCUCGGAGAGAGCAAGGCGACGUUUGGAGGUGGCGGAUGGCAUGACAUGGUAAGUGGCCUACGCUUGCUCUUAAAGCUCGGCGAGCUUGCUUUUUCUUGA